UCCGGACUAUGAAAUCAAAUAGCACAGAGGAAUCUGACUCCUCAAGCGUAGAAUUUGAAGAUCAUAUCGAUAUUUCGCUUCUUCCCGACAAGAAACACCAUAGAAGAAAAAGAAUCCGAGAUUCAAAGUUCGUGUGCGGAAUUUGGCAAAUGUUCGGCGGGAAGAACGCCGCUUACGGCGUUGCGACAGCUGUGUUGUUGGUUUCAGUGUUUCUUAUCGUCGCGUUCGCUCGGCCAUCGUCUUCUUACGAAACUGCAAACAAGAACAGUAGAAAGAAUUCUCGUUAUGAACAGGCUAAAAAUCCUUCUAGUCUGGGACAUGGAAAAGAACAGAAAGGCUCGCAUUCACUACGGCUUCCAAGACACCUAGCACCGAUCGAAUAUCUCCUAUAUUUACAUCCUGAUCUAACAAAUUUUGAUUUCUCUGGGAAGGUUGAUAUUCUUCUCCUCUGUCAUGAAACCUCUACCAACAUAACCCUUCAUGUAGGAACAAAAAUGGAUUACUUUGAUGUGGCGGUUGCAAGAGUCGAAGGCGAAAACAUUCUAGAGACGUUAACUGUGACGGAAACUUCUCGACUGCCGGGAGAAAUGGUUGUCAUAAGUCUCGCCACUGAACUUCAAAAAGGGAGUCAUUACUUUCUUGUGAUGAAGUUCAAGUCGAAGUUAAGUAGGGGACUUGCUGGAUUCUACCUAAGCAAAUAUCGUGCAUCUGGCGAAACGAGAUAUCUUGCGACAACCCAUUUUGAACCAACAGAUGCAAGAAAUGCCUUCCCUUGCUUUGAUGAACCUAACAUGAAAGCAAAGUUCACCAUUGUCAUUACAAGAGAAAAACGCCAUGUGGCCUUGGCAAACAUGCCACUGAAUUACACUGAAGGGUGCAACAGUGAUGUUGAGCUCUGCACAGACCAUUUUCAAAAAAGUGUUGAAAUGAGCACGUACCUUGUGGCAUUUGUUGUUUGUGACUUCAAGAGCAUAACAAAUACAACCAGCAGAGGUGUUCAGGUCAGUGUAUGGGCCCCACCAGAGCAGAUUGAUCAAGGCCAAUUUGCUUUAGAUGUUGCUGUAGAGGUUCUGGAAUAUUAUGAACAGAAAUUCAAGGUGGACUAUCCACUUCCAAAGCAAGACCUCAUUGCCAUUCCGGAUUUUCCCACUGGAGCAAUGGAAAACUGGGGUCUUAUUACAUUUCGCUUGACUUCAAUCCUGUAUAAUCCCGGCAAGUCAUCAGACAGCAACAGACAAUGGGUCGCAGUGGUUGUUGCUCAUGAGUUGGCUCAUCAGUGGUUUGGUAAUUUGGUUACCAUGGAAUGGUGGAAUGACUUAUGGCUCAAUGAAGGAUUUGCUAGUUUUAUGGAAAAUGUUGGAGUGAGGCAUGUCCACCCAGAAUGGAAAAUGAUGGACCAGUUCUUCUUGGACAAAUUUCAAGUUGCAAUGGGUUUGGAUCAACUCAGUAAUUCUCAUCCAAUCAUGGCUGAAGUGAGAGACCCUGCUGAGAUUAGUUCUUUGUUUGAUUCAAUUUCCUAUGACAAGGGUGCUGCUAUUAUUAGGAUGUUGGAAGAUGUUCUCGGAAGUAAACUUUUCUUCAAAGGAUUACAGAACUACCUCAAUAAGUACAAGUUUAGUAAUGCAGAGACUAAUGACCUUUGGCAGUGCCUCACAGAUGAAGUUAAGGAAAGUGGUGUAAACCUUGAUGUUAGAAAAAUGAUGACAACAUGGACGAGUCAAAUGGGCUUUCCUGUUAUUAAUGUAACAGUUAGGAGAGACGCCAAUGGCAAAGCAAUGCUUCAUUACCAACAGGAGCGCUUCCUUGUCCAUCCCGAUACUAGAUCCCCAUCAGAUCCUGCCUAUCGCUGGGUAAUUCCUUUAACAUAUGUGACUCAGCAGAAUCCUUCCGAAAGACAUGUUCAGUUGUUAGAGCGCCAAGCUGAUGAUGUUUUGUUACGCGGUGUAUCUCCCGAUGCCACUGGUAAUUCUUGGAUUAAGAUGAAUGCCGGACAAAGUGGAUAUUACCGUGUGAACUAUGAUGAGGGAAACUGGAACAACCUCAAAAAACAACUGAACUCCGACCAUACGAAAUUGCUCGGUGCCGAUCGCGCAGGCUUGCUGAAUGACGCUCUUAAUCUUGCUCGCGCUGGUAAUCUGGAUUAUGACCUGGCGUUAGGUCUCACUGAUUAUCUCAGUCAAGAGCAGGAAUAUGUUCCAUGGAUAUCAGCGCUUAACGGCUUGGCCUAUUUUGCCACACAGUUUUCAACAUACGACAUGGAAAGAAAUACCCAGCACUAUCGCAUAUACAAGCUUUAUAUCUUGCAUCAGAUUCACAGGAUAGCAUCCGAGUUAGGUUGGGAAGAAACUGACCAGGAUCCGCAUUUGAAGAGAUAUCUUCGUGCCACAAUAUUGCACCUCGCAAGUGAUUAUGAAGAUGUGUUUCCUGAGGAUAGACCGAAAUUAUUAGAAAAUACGAGAGAAGCGUUACGGCAGUUUGAUGGCUGGUUGAACGGCGGAAAACCGAUUCGACCAAACUUGAGAAACGUAGUUUAUUCCGUGGGUGUGAAGUAUGCAGAUGAACAAACGUGGACGGAGGUUUUCCAUCGUUUCCAAGCUGAGAAAGUCGCGACUGAAAAGAGAAAGUUGAUGUACGCACUCACAAGCAGUCGGAACCCAGGAAUUUUAAAGAGGCUUCUUCGUUAUUCUUUGGACCCGGGAAAGAUUCGUUCCCAGGACUCCGUGGCUGUUAUCAACUCGAUAGCUCACAAUCCAGAAGGUCGCAUAAUGGCGUGGGAGUUUGUGCAGCAGAACUACGAUUUACUGUUCAAAAGAUAUGGUACAGGUUCUUUUGAAUUCAGUCGUCUCAUCAAGGCUACUACAGCGCACUUCAACACGGAGAAGAAAUUAGAGGAUGUGAAGUCUUUUUUUGCGAAUAAAGACACAGGGUCAGGCAAGCUGGCUGUACUUCAAAGUUUGGAAAGUAUUAAAGCCAAUAUAAAAUGGCUGAAAGCCUACCGCCACACUGUCGUUGCCUGGCUUCAAGAUUUCGUCAGCUCUCACGUUCACUUACCUAUCAAUAACCCACAUCACCCUGUACAUGUAACAAGUUUAGACGAGAGAUACAAAUAUGGACGGCCUUGAAUAUCGAAUUCUCAUUCACCCGGUCAAGGUAAAUUUAGAAGGUAUAACUUUGUGCCAGGUAUGCUAGAAGUGCAUCAAUAUAAUUGCCUUGUGUGACUUAAAACUUGAACCAGUCAAAACCUACCGUCGACUGACAAUAAAACCUCUGCACUUCGCACUCGACAGAGGUAUACCUUCUAAAUAAGCUGGACUGUACUUUCACCCCUUCGGCUAUAGUAAAUCAUGCAGUGAACCACUGAAGUUCUUACAAUCUGACUCGCAUCUCUCGGGUUGCCUUUCUUUCUUUCUUUCUUUCUUUUUUCAGUUUUCGUUUACAAGGUCAUUUUUCACCCAAAGAUGGAAAUUGAUGAUCACUUCCUUUAAAUCAGUUAAAUUGUGAAAUUUUUAAAAUCGUUAGUUGAUUUAAGAUUAUCCCGGUGGAGGAUUACAGUUUAACGGCAACCCGGAAGGGAUCUAGUGUGAAUAUAAGAAUGACUAUGGUUUGCUCGGGAUUUACUACAGUGAAUUUAAUUUAUCCCAAUUGAAAUCUUUCAUUAGGGUCAUAGUCUUGUUUUUAAUGUAUUAACUUACUUGGAAAGUGCAUUCACUGGAUUGUGAAAAUAUGAAUUUAAAAAUAUUUAUAUAAUACUAGCCUAUGUGGCUUAACUUUUAUUUUUUAAGUCAGGAUUGCUUAUAUGUUUUGGUUUAAGGUGUUGUACAUUUUCUUUUCCACAACGGAGGCGCUUUUUUAUUUUUUUAUUUCGUUGAGUGGAAUAAAAGAGAUUGUAAUGGGAUCGGAGAAAUAUUAAAAAUGUAUUACAAUUUAUUUUUCAAUUCAUUAAUUGAAAAAAAAUGUUUAGAAUAACGACAAUAAGGGUUAGCUUCAGCUGGGUUUAAAUGCCUUUCGGUGUUUAGUUUUGGCUGUGGCGGCGACUUUAAAACUUUGAGUCAGCCACACUUGAUUGUUUUCAUCGCUCGUGGAGAUUUAAAAGUGAAAUAGUGAUAACGGUAAGGUUUCGUAGGGAAGUCAACAUAGUCGCCCAUUUCUAAGCAAAUUUUAAUGAGUGAAAAAUAUAUUAUAAUCAAGAACUGCUCUUGUAUUCGUUAAGUUUUGGAUCUUGAUUUUGUUUAUAAUCUCUCGUGUGGGUAAGGGGUGAGUUUAAAUCGUAAGUAAUAGUAAGUUUGAUCUCAAUUUGUCAGCAGUUUCAUUGUCCUAAUAUUUUGAGUGUUAAAUUUCUUCAGGGAGGCGCCAUUCUUUAGGGAGCAGAGAUUAAUUUCCUCUAGAAAAUGUUCGUAGCAGCGGAGUAGCUCAAAUAUAUAUGCUUUAGAGAAAAAAGUCAUGAAAAAAAAUAUGAAAAGAAAGAUGCGGCCGAAAAAGGAUAAUUUGGGUGAACAGGAACAGAAACAAAUUGUUUCCUCUUUCAAAGAAUAAUAUGGCCACUCCCUAGUAAUGGCAAAUUGAAGGGAAAGCCGUUUUGAGUAAUGGCUGGAGCAAAAGGAAAUUGCAUACAAUCAGAUAAUUCUUAUUCUGGGGUUCCAGGAAAAAUAUAGCACUGUCCAUCAAAAAAUAAAGAAAGAAGAAGAGAGCUAAUUUUUAUACACAGCUAGGGAUGAACUAAAAACCACCUUUACCCUGAAGGAUAGAAUGGUAUUUGACAUCUUAUGGUGGUAAGACUAAGGUGACCUCGUCAGCUUCUCUUCUUGAUAAUGUUAGAUGAUGUAAUCCUUUACAGUAAGGUUGCGGGCUUCUUUGACGAAUUGAAGUGUUCUUUUAGGAACACUUCUUCCUUGCUUUUAAUGUCUUUAACUCAUGUGGUUCAAGUUGAACUUGUUGCACAAUGUUAUGAAAUAAAUGACUCUUUCUCUCCUCUUCA